ACUGGCACCAAGUAUGAGGACAAGAUGUACACCUGCGGCCCAGCUCCAGAUUAUGACAAAAGUGGCUGGCUUAAGGAGAAGGAGACCUUGGGACUGGACUUUCCAAAUCUUCCAUAUUUCAUUGAUGGACCCUUCAAACUUACCCAGAGCAACGCCAUCCUUCGCUACAUUGCGCGCAAACACAACUUGUGUGGUGAAAGUGAGGAGGAGAUGGUCAGAGUGGACUUACUUGAAAGCCAGGUCAUGGACUUCAGGAUGCAGCUCGGAGCCAUUGCGUACAACCCAGACUUUGAGGCCCUCAAGGGCCCAUUUCUGAAGCAACUUCCUGACAAACUCGAGCUGUUUUCGGAAUUCCUGGGGCAGCGGAAAUGGUUUGCUGGAGAAAAGAUCACGUUUGCAGAUUUCCUUGUGUAUGACGUUCUCGACCAGCAUCGCAUGUUGGAACCCAAGUGUCUCGACUCCUUCCCCAACCUCAAGACCUUUCUGGAUCAAUUUGAGGCUUUGGAGAAGAUUAGCACCUACAUGAAAUCCAGCCGCUUCAUGAAA